AGGUUACGCUAGCGCAUGCGCAGAAGCAUCAGAGUAAUUUGUUGAUAUCCUGCUUGGUAGUAUUCAUUUAGACUUUAUUUUAAAAGCCAGAUUCCCCCUCAGCACAGGGGUUUUAUUUACAUUGGGCAGCGCAGUUACCGGACCGUUCUCUAUAUGAAGGGCUAAUGGAAGAUACUCGGGAUCUGGCUGAACGAACCCCGCGUUCAGAGCGUAAGCGGAGAGACUCAUUCGGGAUGUUUGAUGGCUACGACAGCUGCAGCGAGGAGUCCACCAGCAGCUCCAGCUCAGAGGACAGUGAAGAUGAGGUGGUGCCCUCCAUCCCUGCCAGCCUGCCGAUCAUUAAGAACAAUGGACAGGUGUACACUUACCCCGACGGCAAGGCUGGAAUGGCCACUUGUGAGAUGUGUGGGAUGGUUGGAGUACGAGAUGCUUUCUACUCAAAAACAAAGCGCUUCUGCAGUGUGUCGUGCUCCAGGAGUUACUCCUCAAAUUCCAAAAAAGCUAGCAUUUUGGCAAGACUCCAGGGCAAACCUCCUACGAAAAAGGCAAAAGUCUUACAGAAACAGCCUCUUGUGGCAAAGUUGGCAGCUUACGCCCAGUACCAGGCGAGUCAGCAGAACCAGGCCAAAUCAAAAGCAGUGGUUCCUGCAGAGAGCUUUGACUGGGGGCGGUAUAUCUGUAGCAAUAACACAACCGGAGCUCCAGUCAGCUGCUUCAAACAUGCCCCCAUGGGGAUGUGCUGGGGAGACGUCGUGGAAGGAGUGAGGAUCGAAGUUCACAACUCUGACACCAACCUCUCCACCAAGGUGUACUGGAUAGCAGAAAUCAUUAAGCUAGCAGGGUUCAAGGCCCUCCUGAGAUAUGAGGGCUUUGACCAUGAUAGCGGUAAAGACUUCUGGUGUAAUCUCUGCGUCCCCGAGGUGCACCCGGUGGGAUGGUGCGCGUCAAGUGGCAAACCCCUCGUACCUCCAAAAAGCAUACAGCAUAAGUACUCUAACUGGAAAACCUUUCUUGUGAAGCGUCUCACUGGAGCUAAAACACUGCCGCCUGACUUUACUGCCAAGGUGCACGAAAACAUGCAGUUUCCCUUUAAGAAGCUGAUGCGGGUGGAGGUGGUAGAUAAGAACUACCUGUGCCGGACACGGGUGGCGCUGGUGGAGCAGGUAACCGGAGGUCGUCUCAGGCUGGUGUAUGAAGAAAGCCAGGACCAGGCGGAUGACUUCUGGUGCCACAUGUUCAGCCCCCUCAUCCAUAACAUCGGCUGGUCAAGAAGCAUCGGACACCGCUUCAAACGAUCCGAUGUUGCAAAGAAAAUCGAGGGUCAGGCUGAUGCUCCUGCACAGAUCUUCCAGAAGGUGAAAGACGUGGACCAGAGUGGGGAUUGGUUCAAAGACGGGAUGAAGUUAGAAGCCAUCGACCCCCUCAACCUCUCAGCUAUAUGUGUAGCCACUGUAAGAAAGGUGUUGGCAGACGGGUACCUCAUGAUCGGGAUCGAUGGCUCGGAGGCAGUGGACGGAUCAGACUGGUUCUGCUACCAUAGCACCUCCCCCUCCAUCUUCCCUGUCGGCUUCUGUGAAAUCAACAACAUUGAACUCACGCCCCCUAGAGGGUACACUAAACUGCCAUUUAAAUGGUUCGACUACCUCAGAGAAGCAGGAUCAAUCGCUGCUCCUGUCAAGCUCUUCAACAAGGAGGUUCCCAAUCACGGUUUCCGGCAGGGUAUGAAGCUGGAGGCCGUUGAUCUGAUGGAGCCACGGCUGGUGUGUGUUGCCACAGUGACGAGGGUUGUGCACCGGCUACUGAGGAUCCAUUUUGACGGCUGGGAGGACGAGUAUGACCAGUGGGUAGACUGCGAGUCACCUGACCUCUACCCUGUGGGCUGGUGUCAGCUGACCGGCUACCAGCUCCAACCGCCCGCCUCACAGAGUAACAGAGAAAUGCCUCAAUCUGUCCCCAAGCAGAAGAAAAAGGCUCAGCAGUACAAAGGCCAAAAGAAAAAGAGGAAGAUUCCGGUUGGUCGACGGCCCUUCAGUCAGGCAGGCAGGAGGAGGAGCAGCUUCUCAGGGGACGAAGAGCAGAGUCCACCCCCUUACCCUGCCCCGGGGCCCACUCGGCCCCGACCCCGAACCCACCUCCACCAAACCCACAAAUCAGAGUCUCUCCUUCGAAUGAAAGAGGAAGCGGCCGAGGUGGACGAGUUCACCUUCUCACAGGGCACCUCAGACCAGGAGAGCAACGGCUCAGGCAGCUACUACAUCAAACAGGAGCCCUGAGGUCACACGGUCAGGACGGAGCACGAUGACAGGGACAGGACAAAAUCCCAGCAAGGAUCAGGAACACAGAGAAUCCAACUAGCCUCGAAUCACACUCAGACCAACAACUCAGGCCUUCCAUGGAGGCACCGGGAUAGAUGACCACGGCACGGAAAAGGGGGAUGUUUUUACAAUUCUGAAUUCUCCUCAAGGAAUACUCCCCCUGAACAGUUUUCCAACCUUGUAGCUGUGUGUGCACAUAAUCAGUCACAAAAUGUGUACGAUGGAGGGUUUUGAAGGCACCCAGGGUCGGGCCUGGGUCACACAUGUUUGGGCAUUCUCACCCUCAGCUGCUGAAGCAGCGUGAUCCUGCUCCUCUCCAGUCUGAAAUCCAACCAGACGCGAUAUUUGAUGGAUUAAAAACAACCUUUUUUCUACUAAAAUGGGGUCCUGCAAGUCGACAUCAGCUCAUCCUGCCUCUGCCACAAUCUGGGCCGUGCACAGAGACCUGUAGAAACUGUGAGAACCAUUUAUUGAGCCAGGUCUUUAGGUUUUCUUUUGUUUGUUUGUUUGUUUUCAGGUCAGAGAGUCAGCCACUGAACGGCCUGAGGAGAGUAGAGGCUGGCAGGAAGAGGAACACAGCUCUGUAUAUUUUGAUUAUUUUCUUCUGAACAUAUUGCCAGGUGGACUUUUACUUUGUUAAUAGUACUUGAAGUUUUUUUGUUCAUUUAUUUUGUAAUAAUUUCAAGUUGUUGUUAUUUUUUUUUAAUUAAUGUACUUAUUUUGCAUUUACAUUUUUGGUGGCCGUGUGGGAAAGUUGAUGUGCGUUGUUUCAUAAAGUGAUUAUAUUCAUAUAGUAUGUGGAGGCUUAUUCAGAUAGAACUACAGAGUAUAGAUAUUAAGGAGUGACAUUUGAAGAGACAGAUGACUGAAAUGCUGCUCAGCAUUACUCAUUUUUCCUGUUUUGUUAUUUUGGUUUUGGCCUGAAGAGUCCCACAGCUGCAUUUAUUUAUGACGAAACAUUACAGAACCAAAGACUGAAACUUCUGGACUCAAAUGUCCACAAUUAUUAAGACAUAUACUUUUAGUUUCACAGAGACAAGCUGCCUUUAACUUACAUUUAGGAGGCUGAAACCAGCAUCUUUUUUUCAAGAUUGUUUAACAAAUUAACCGAUUGUUUUUUUUCCUUGUCAUAUAUUUCACCUGGGAAGCUGCUUCUGUUGCCUUCAAGGUGUUUACAUACAAAAUGCAAAGAUUCAAAUAGACAGUGAUAACCUCCAGGCAGCUUGAAUUACACACAUCUGCGGCGUGCAGGCAUGCACUGCAAUUUCUUUUCACCUGCAUCAAUUCAGGACUGAAUUAUUAUCAAUUUUAGCUGCAAAUUCAGAUGUCAAUCCACACCUGUCACUCGGGGCCAAUAAUCCCGUUUCCUCCUCGACACAGAAUCUGGCUUUCCAACCAUUUGGAGGAUUAUAGAUAUGUUGUUUUUAUCAUGUUUUCAGAACACUUUGAAAUGCAGCAGAUGCAGCUUUGAGUUUUGCAGCUGAACCUUCAGAGUGUUUGUUCUUGUUUAACACGGCUGUUAACACGGAGACAUUAAGUGUUGUGAUUGGAUGGAAAGGUUCGAUGCCCUUCUAACGUUUAACAUCCUUCUUUCACUUUUUCCCUGAAACUCCAUCUGAUUGUUUUUUUUAUUUAUUUAACAAAACACACUUUAACAUUCCAUGUUGCUUCGUAAGCAGUAAUUAUGUUGUAUUUGGGGUAUUGUUUCUUUCCUGUUAAUGACGUCACUCCUCCAAACUGUGACCUCCUUUAACAACCUGUUUCUUCACACUAUGUUACCCAGGGCAGUUGUCAAGGUAGCACUUAUAUAAAGAGGUACCAUCAUUGCUGGCUUUGAUAGCUCUAUGGGAAGCUUUAUAAUGGAACUGUCACAGUUAUCUGAACUCCAACGAAAACACUCACUGUUAGUAAGAUUGUCAAAUAUUGUUCUUGGUGUAAAAGAAAAAAGGCCUCAGAAAGGUUGAAGUCAUUGUGAAUAGAUUUCUAUCAGAGUCUUUGUGCUGUAAUGUUGAACAGAAAUGAUGUAGCUGUGGAGACCAAGCUUUUUCCUUUAAAAAAAGUAUCUACGUUUAAAAGAUGUGACUGUAAAUGAGCAGCAGGGUAAAACAGAGAAACCUUACUGGUAUGAUGGGGUGCACUCUCACAAGUUAGUCCCACUAUCCAACCCUACAGCACGGAGUCCAACCUUUGACUGUUUGGAUGUAGAAAUCAAAAGCAGACACUGGUCUACAUGCAGCUGAAUCUGACAGAGCAUGUGUGCUGAAAUAUACCAACAGGAGUUCAAACACUCCUCUGAAGUUUCAUGGAGUCUGGAGUAUGCCACCAGAAUAAUAAGAACCACUCUUUGUUCAAAUUUGGUCAUUACAUUUCAAAAAUAAAUAAUUAACACUUUACUUUUUUAUUUGACAAAUAGGCAAUAUUUUUUAGUGUUUUCAAAAUAAUGUUGAAAUGUUGAAAAUGUUAUCACACACUUAAACAAAUAAUAAUGUUAGUUUCUCACUUUAGUGGAACAGAAGGAAACAAGUAGAGGAUUUUUAUUUUUGUAAAUCAUAAAAUUUCAAAAAUAAAUAAUAAAUAUUUUCCCCUUUUUGCAUUAGGUACCAGAAAACACUCUUUUUUCAUUUUUAGAAUUGUUUAGAAAUUAAGAUUAAAUAAAAUCUAUUCCAAAUUCUGGGGAAUAACAAAGAUCAAGGAAUACUUUGAGAAAAUAACUUGGACUUUUUAAAAUAUUGCUACAAAGUUAUCAGCUAAAAAAUGACAAGAUAACUACAUAAAGGUAUACAAAAAAAGAUAAUACAUCAGAGGAUUUAAAGAAUAAUGCUGACAAGUUAAAAAUGUCAAAUAUGGUAAGGUAAAUUCUUGCCACUGAUAUUUUUUCAGACCUUGCAGUAACACUAAAAGUUUGACUUUGUUCUUGACACUUUUAUUUUCUGCACAAUUUUUUAAUCAAAUUUCCAAAAGUUUCAAAUAAUUUGGAAAAAUCUCAAUAACAAGAAAAGAAACAUAUAACUGAGGCUAAAAAAAUGUCUGGUCUCAUAUGUUGGCCCAUUAUUUAGGUUUGAUACAAUAUUAAAAAAUAUAACACAAAUAUAUGUCCAGGUAAAUAAUUACUAUUAAUGAUAUAAAUACAUAACCCAAAUGAAAAUUGAGUCUAUUUACUUAAAAUAAACAUAAACUUGGCUAUAAUUGAAUAAAGAAUACGUGGCACACUUUAGCCUCCACACAUCAGCAUGUAAAUGUGGCACUCUUUGGCCUCCAUACAUUCAGCAGUGUAGUGUCAAGCUUUGGUUUGUGUCAUUCAGAGUAAGAUGUUGGACUCCUGUUGUAUUGAAAGAAAAACUUUAAAAUAGCUUUGGUUAAACAGUCUCAUUAUCAAGCAGUUUUGCUGUCUAAAAAAAGAAUAUGUUGGAUAUUUUAUUAAGGUCAUAUGCAAAGCGUGAAGUGUUUUUCUAUCGCUAUGGUUGUUCUCAUGUCAGAGCCAUAUGUAUGCAAGCUAGUUAAUAAUUCACCUGAGCCACAGAAUAACAGGUUUGUUAUAGAUAAUGAAACAUGAACAAUGCACUGCUUUUCCAAUAGUCUCUGAGGGCAGCAUUUAAACUAAGACGACAGAAUCUAGAAAGUGGCGUAAAUACAUAGAUUCUAUAUAUAUACAAAUAUAUAAAUAUAUUCUUCGUGACUCUGAUGGUAUGGAGUAACAAAUCCUGAUUAGUCAGCAAACACAAACUCCUUUCAUUCUACGUAGAGCUAGAUUUUUGCAGCUGUUUAUCUACUACCUCCUGAUGCUAGCCACGUUUAGCUAAAAUACGAGUGUGACAUAGACUAUGGCAGUGUGUUAGCAUAUGCAAAUGAAAAAUGAUGACUUAAAAUGAUCCACUUGAAGACUAGACACCAAACAUGGAGAAUUUUAUCACAGCACAUGAGGUAGUCUUCUAAUUUGAGUGAUGCAAUAAUAAUAUAGAUCCCAUAUUAUUUUGCUAUGGUAAAUAAAAUCCUCUAGCACCCUCAAAUGUCAUGAUCACUACAUUAAUAUAAUUAACAUAUGAGAUAAUUUAACAUUAUGGUAUUGUAUAACUGUGAUUUUUGUGAGUAAGGGUUCAUAUACAGAGUACUCAGUGUAUGUGGCCAGAAGCUGUAAAGAAAUGCAGAGCGAAUUAAAAACUUCUCAGUGACGUAAAAAAAAAAAAAAGAUCCAUAAUUUCUCUUUCUACCAGUAAGGUUCACGAUUCAACUCUCAGGAAGUUUGUGUUUCUUUUUUGGGUUGUAAAGGUUGUGACUACAAAUCUGAAUCAGCUGGGUUCACAAAGCUUAAUGGUGUUUUCAUCAUGUGCAUCUUAUAUGGAAGUAAACAAGUGCUUUAUUUAGAGACGUGAGGAAUGGAAACUUGGGGAAAUUAUACCAGUGAUGGAUUCUUACUGCAGAUAUUUGUACAACAAUUACUUUACAUCAUUUCUAUAUAUAAGUUCUACAAAGGACUCUGACUUUGAAUAGCUGCAAAAUCAAAACUAAGGGGCAUUUAUAAACAAAUUAAAGCUCCAGUGGGAAGUUUUUCAAUAAUUAUGAAACAGACUAAAAAUGUCUGGUGCCUCUUUAAGGCCCAAAAAGGUAAACUAGACCACAAGGCUAAUCAUCCUUUUUUCUGUAUCCUGGGAUUCUUGAGUUCAGAUUUGAUUCUCUUGUUUAAGCUAUGCUGUUGUAGUACUAAUUCUGGCCACAGGAGGCUGAGGCACACCAUGCUCUGAAAAGACAAAGUCUUCAGAAAGUAUCUGCUUUUCAGAUGGUUGGUUUCAAACAGUUUUGCAGUUAUUUAAAUUCUUUCAGAAAUGUGGUAUUGGAUGUUUUUUCAGGUAUCUGAUGUGUGGAUGUUUAAAACUCAUUUGGGCAAAUAAUAAUAAUAAAACAAGAACAAUGUUAAAUACAGAAUGUUUCCCAAAUUCACAUUUUUCUCAAACUAAUUAAAAGUUUGUUCAAAACUAAACAUAAAAUAAUUUCCUGAAUAUUUUUUUCCUUGUCUUUAUCUAAAAAGAUUUCAGACCUCUUUAAGUUUUGUUGUGGUAAAAGUUCACGCAAGAUUGGAACCAAACAUAUUUAAAUUGGACGUCAGUGUGAAACCUCAAGUUAAAUUUGACUCUUCAAUUUUUAUGUUUAAAAAAGAAACUAAACUAAGUAAGAAGCCAUGGUUACAUUUUUCAAGUAUCUGGUUGCUCUCCACAUUCAAAUAAUUAAAGCACUUUUUUGCUUCCAUAUAUAUCAAUCGACAAAGGUCUUAUCUCACUUUCGUUUGGUGUCAUUUUGUCGAUAUUUUGUAGCGUUUUCACCGUCUUAAUGUUAAAGUCGAUAGUGAGUGAUGAUUCAAAACAUGUUUGAUUGUUGCCUAUUUUUUGUGGUGGAUUUUGCAUUUGGUAACUUUCUGUAUUCCUUUGUUUUCUUGACGGGAUGUGAGAUUUGUUUCCUACCAGUUUUCUUUCUAUAUUGUCUCCUGAUGGGAUUGGAUUAAAGCUCAGCAGAAAGUUUCUAAGACCAAAUGAGCAAUAAAAGACCGAGUCUCACAAUCCUUUGAAGCAGUUUCAGGUUAGGAUCUGUCAUGGGAGUUUUGUGUCUCUGAUACACAGAAAGAAGCAUUAAAGUACUUCAUGACCAAACUGCAUAAAUACCUUAGUACAAAAAUGAUUAAAAGACUGUUUGAUGGACUAACUGCUGCUACCCUCUUCUAGAUUAACCCUAAAUAAUCAAAUGCACAAUCAACACUCUUUUGGAUCUUGUGUUUCUCUCUUUUCCUUGUAGAUAUUAACCCUUCUUGUUUCACCUCGAUCCCCAAAUCUUUAAAAUGGAACAAGUUUUCCUCCAUCCACGGGUAGCUGUGUAUUUAAAGAGUUUGGGUAUCAGUAGCUGCAGAUGUAUUGAUUUGGGAUUGGGUGCACUGAUCAACAGAAUGCAUGUAGAACAGAACGCGUUGUGCCGAUGUUGUGCUGAGCUUGUGUUUUUCGUUAGAACCGUCAUUGGUUGUUCUUCAGUCUGUCUGUGUUUUUCCUCCUCCACUGUGAUCAGGAAAUGUUUGGAAGCCCAUGUCCAUCAAAAAAAAGAAACAUUUUAAAAGAUAUGCAUGAUUAAAAAUAUGAAAGUACUGCUUUUUAAAAAUGCUGAUGGAAUAUGUCGUAAUUUUGACGUGUCUCAUCAACAUUGAGUAUUUCUGUUUUGGUCAUGUAUAUCUUUGAAAUGCAGGUGGUGAUAGAUUAUAUUUACAUAGCAGCCAUUUUUCCAUCAGACUUCAUACUCGGGAUGUGGAGCUCAAAUACUGUUCUAAUAAGUUUAAUGUGGAGUAAUCGGUAGUAAGUCUUUGCUGUGAUGAAACCCCUCCCCCUAUUGAUGAGUAACUAACUAGACAAGAACUAUUUGGAAGAACAAUGGUCAAUAUUUUAAGUUAUAAUACCGUUAUGUAUUGAGUUAUCGUUCUUUUUAACAACAGACAAUGCUAGCAUCUAGCUAUUUCCUAGCUAAUACUAAUAUUAGCCAGGAAUUGGCAGGAUAUUUUAUGAAGAUUCAUAGAAGGCUUACAAUUCAGGCUAAUCAUAGUUUUUACAAUUCUAGCAUUAUCAUGUGAAAGUAUCCUACAAGUAAAAAUAAGGGGGUAAAUUCCUCGCUAAGAACAAAUUAUGGAGGGACAUGUUCAAUGCUAACAUCUGCUGCUUCCUCAUGAUAGCUAACAUUUAUCUAACAAGUUGUUUAAGCUUUAAAUGAGGCUCAAUUUUCCUCCAUCUUUUUCCUACUUUGUAGUUUCUGAUAAUUAACCAUUAAUAGUCCAUUAGUUAUGAGACAACAGCUUAUGCUAGAGUCCAGCGACUUCCUAGGUGGUACUGCCCUGAGCUAGGAGUAAGCUGAAUGCUAAUAUAUGACAUGUUAGCUAAUACAUAAGGCUUUAAUUCCUAGUUAAGAGUCAUGUACGCUGUAAUGUUGUUUCAGUGCUAACACUCACAGAUGGUAGCUAGCAUACAAAAUAGGUUGUUAAAACUUAAUAUGGUUCAUUUUUCCCGCCAUUAUUUUAAACACUGUGUUGUUUCAGUUUUUCAGACGAGACAAAUUAAAGUAAACAUUUCAAAGGACACUGGACCACAACAGCUAAUGCUAGUUAAUGCUAACAUUCCAGCCAAUAUAACCAUUAGCUAGGUCCUGGCUGAAAUCUAGUAUUAUGAGAUGAAAAUGUUAUCUAAAAAGAAAGAAUGGGUUAAAAUUAUAGCUAACCAUACUGUUAGCUAUCAAGUUGUUCUAAUGCUAACGUUAGCUGCUGUCUAAUCGGUGGUUAGCAGCUGAAAACAAAGCUAACAGUUAACAUUUUUGAGGACAUGGAGUUAUAUUUAAAGUUUAAACAACAUAAUAACCCCUUUGCUACCUUUAGAAAAUAGCUAACACGUAACUAAUACCUAGCUAAUACUUCUAUUAGCUAUGAAGAUAGAAAACCUGACAAAUAACCAUCACUAAACUCUUUCUCUGUUGAUUAGAGCCUGAAUAUGAAACAAAUAGUGAACAUUUGAAGAGACAUGAGGCCACAUAUGAAGUUACAACAUAAUUAAUAUCAGCUGUUGUCAGAUCUUAGCUAAGAUCUAACAACAGCUAAUGCUAUCUAGAAAGUACGGCUAUUAGCAAGGAUUUGGCUGAGUGCUGAGCAAGAAUUUGAAAGUGUCAUACAAAAUUUUAUAUUUAAAAAAAUACUUAAAUUCCAAGCUAGAAGUUACGUCAGCGAGUGAGCUGUUGAAUGCUAACGUUAGCUGCUGUCUGAUGGUAACUAACCUUUGUCAGAUUUUUUGUUUUAACCUCAAACAGUGCUCAGUGCUUUCACUCAUUUUUUCACUACCUAUUGUGUUCCCAGUUUCUGAUCAUUAGGUAGUGUUAAAGUUAAAACAGUUGUUAGAUAACCUAUGAUAUUACCUACAGUGUGUGAGCUUCCCACCUGAGCGUAUGUGAAGAGGAAAAUGUGGCUGUGUGUGAAUAUAGUGACGGGCUUCCAUUGAGGGUACUUGGUUGAGGUUGCACCUGACCGGGUGUUUCCCUUGCAGUGACGAGGAGCAGGCUGGAUACUUGUUAUUUUCUUGGAUACUAACACGGGUCUUUUGUAUGUGAUAUCCCCCCAUUAUAUUAAACCAUUAUAUCGUGGUGCUAUAUAUAUUUGAUAAAAAUGACUAAAUGUAUCGGGUUUGCUAUCGUCUGAAAAUAAUUGUGAGUGGAGAGGGUUGUUGUGAAAAAUUUAUUUUGGAUACAAAUGAAAAAAAAAAUCUAUGUUAAUAGUUAUAAAUCUAUUGAUAUUAACACUGACCCCCUGAGGUACAUUAUUAGAUUGCAGUUUAAAGUUUGUACAUCUUUUUGAUAGUGUAUACCAGUUUCCUUUCAUAUGGUAAAUUUGUGCUGUGAUCAAGCUUUGAUAGACUUUGUAAAUAAAGCCAAAUGUUUGGAUCAUACUAUCGGUUGUAAUGAACGGCUUCUUUGUUUACAAGCAUUGCAAACUGUUUCCGCAUGGCUGUGAAAGUUUAUCUGGUGAUUUUUUGUAAGAUCUGACUUUUACACUGAAUAAAAAGGCUUAUGACUUCAAA